AUGAAUGUGGGUCAUGAGGGGAACCUCUUAGUGGAGGAAAUCCAUCAUUUGGGUCCAAAGUUAGGUGUGAAAUUUGGAGUCCUCUUCCAAGAUGACAAAUAUGCCAACCUCUUUGAAGCAUCAGUAGAAACCCUCAAAGCUGCAAAAUGAAGGAAGAUUGUUACAUGACCAGAAGAGAUACUUUUGCAAGGUGUUCAUGAUGAUGUUGAUAUUAUAUCACUGCAAGAUUAA